CUCUUCCGCACCCUCUGCAUCGUCUCGGUGCUGGCCGGGUGUCUGCACCCUGCCACGGCCCAGUGGUUUUCUCUGGGCUCAGAGGACACCGCCCCCGAUCCAGGCACCAGCCCCACGCCCCUCACCCUGGAUGGGGAGGAAGACACAGACACCAGCGUGGAGCGCGUGGGGAAGGUGCUGCUGAGCAAACCUCCUCUGGCAACAGCCCCUAGACGCCGGGACCAACCCUCCAGGGGGACAGCGAAGGGGUCAGGCCAUGCCCCGCCGCGCACACGAGGCCAGCACCGACCCACGGCCGCCCCGGAGGUCCUUGAGGGGAGCGCAGUGGAAGAGGAGUUCCUGCAGAUGCAGCCCGUCCUCUCCUCCGCACAGACGACGGCGAAGGGGCUGCCCCGGCGGGUCCCGUCGGCCCCCGAGACGGACCCAGCCCUCCAGGUGCACAACACCUCCGGCUGUGUCUGCCCCUUGCGCCCCGGCCCUCCCGGCCCAAAGGGAGAGAAAGGUGACCGAGGAUUCCCUGGAGAGAGAGGCAAGCCCGGAUUCUUAGGGGAGAGAGGGAAGUCCGGCAGCCCAGGACAGCCAGGUCACCAG